AAUGCAGAAAUGGGUGCUACAAACUCUAAAGCCCCAGCUGUCACAGUACUAGAAAGAGUCGUCCCACAAUCAGACACAUUCCCUUGGUCCAUUAACCACGGUAAACUAGCUAACGGUGGUAAAUGUAGUAUCUUUGUUCACAAGAAAGGUGGACUAGGUUCUCAAAAGAGAUGUCAGCAAUUUGUGAAGAAUCUCAAGCUGUGCAGGCACCCUUACCUGCUCCACUACAUUGAGAGCCAGGAGGAUAACGACGCCAUAUAUCUGGUAACAGAACCAGUGGUCCCUCUAGGAUCACUUCUUAAAGAAAUGACUGAGCUGGAUGUAGCCCUGGGCUGCUACAUUAUUGCCAGCUCUCUUAACUUCCUUCACAAGAACGCCCAGAUGUCCCACAAUAACAUGAGAGUUUCAUCUGUGUUUGUAAGUCAGACAGACAACUUGUGGCGGCUGGGAGGGUUAGAGAACGUUUGUAAAGAAGGUGGUGUUGAUGAGAGGACGGUUGGGGAUAUAGUCCGCUGCUCGUCUCCGCAGUGUCCAGCUGCUCCGGAGGAUACAGAUGGCACCUUCAGUUCUAAUCUUAUUCACUGUCGUGACUCUUGGAUGCUGGGACAUAUGAUUAUUAUGCUCAUGGAAAGAUUCAAUGGUAAGCCUGAUGGUGGACUUAUGAAAUUUAAACAGACCGUGAAAAAGUCAUACUGUAACGCUGACCCACGAAAAAGGCCCACAGUUGAGUCGUUUCUGGGCUGCCAAUACUUUAAAUCAUACCCUCAACAUGCUCUCAUUUACUCCGUCGAAUUCUUGGAAUCUAUAACCAUAAAGUCGGACGAAGAGAAAAGGAACUUUUUCAGGAAAGCAUCCACAGAUUUGAUUCAAGUGUCAAGUGACUUAUUUCAAAAGUAUCUCAUGCGGUUGAUGUUCAGUGAUUUGAUAUUUGCUGAUGAAAAUGCUCGCGAAUACCUUUUACCUCGACUGCUUUCGGUUAAAACUAAAAGAGAGAGCAGAGGAUUUUAUAAAGCAGAAUCAUACGCCAAGAUAAUGGCACCUUUAUUGACAGAGCUGCUCAAACGACGAGCAAAACAUACUAGACUUGUUCUUCUUCGGCUGACUCGCUGGUAUGUCCCUUUCCUUCCAUCUCACUUUGUAAAAGACAGCCUUCUUCCCGAAAUUUUAUUGGGACUCAAUGACACUGAUGAUGCGAUUGUAAUGGCCACUUUCAACUCGCUCGCCGUUCUCACCUCAUUUCUUGGUGCAACUACUGUUGUCGGGAGCUCCCUGCAAAAAUCACACUUCCACGAUGCCUUCCCCCGGGGAGUAGAGGCGAGACCUUUAGUGAAAACUGAAACACAAUCAGAUGGUAUCGGGGAACAGUCUUUUACACAGACGAUGAAUGGUGAAAUAAUGAACGAGUCUGAUCUUGAUUCUGGAAAAGAGUACCCAAUGUUGCAUGUUUCCAGACAGGACAUGCUGAAAGAUGAACGAGAGAAGCGAGCACAGGAGUCUAAAAGGAAGAGAGAAGCAAGAAAGAUUAAGGAACAGGAACAACAAAAGCAAGUGAAGCUGAUUGAGGUUGCAGCUCGACCGGAAUGCAAAAAAGCGACACCGGACGGAGUUACAGAUAUUGCUCGUCACAGUAUUCUAAAAAAACAGCGUUUCACUCACGGACCUCCUCUUCUCGUCCACGAGCAACAGGGUGUCUCCAUGGAAUACAAACCAGAGUCUCUCUCCGACACUGGCAUGUGGGACAGUGAUAACAAUCUGGAUCUGCCAGUUUCAGACGAAGAGAAGGAACAGAAGUCUCUCCUGGAGAUCGCCAAACAAACUUCAGAGAGUGAGGAGAAGUUAGAGGAGGAGGAGGGGGUGGUGUUCUCCGAUCAGGAGGUUGAGACUCCAGUUAAUAUGGGCAGUAAAGUGAGCUCAGCUAACGAAGAAGAAGAAGUUUCAACUGCUGCAAUAAUAGAUACAUCAGGGAACCAGGAGGAUGGUUUCUCAAACUGGGAGAAUGGAGGGUGGAGUGACUUUGAGACACAGUACGAAUCAGAUGAAGGUAUUGAGAUGAAGAACCUGAAACUCUCAGAAGUUCAGCCACUGGAAACUGUAACAGAGGAUAUCCGCCCGGCCGUGGAGCCAGCGGUGAUAGUUCCCGCUACAGUGUCUGAUAUCAUGAACUUAGAGCGGGCGGUCCAGCCUGAAGAAGACUUCUUUGCUGAUAUGCAGCCCAAAUAUACUGCUCCAAAGCUUCUUUGAUAUCUGUUUGUUGGUUUUGGUUUGGAAUUCGCUUUAAAUUAUCCAUGAUUAUAUCAGCUGAGCUCAAUUUCGGUAUUUACAAUAUUAAUUAUUAAACAUGUGUUCUGACUGAGUCCUAACUCUUAAAUUAAUUGAAUUAAGCAUUAGUUGUACGAAUCUAGUGAACUUUAUUUUACUGCUCCUUAUUAAAUAUUUUACUAACUGUUUUAACUGUAGCGGGCUAGGUUUACUGAAGCAUUGCAUAAUUAUCGUGUAUUUAAACAUGUCACAACCUGCAAGCGGUUUUUUAAGGAAGUAAAGUCAAGAUGCUAAUUGAUUAUCUGUAGUUAUCAUAAAAACGCAUUGGACCUUUUCAUCACAUUAACAGAAUUUAUAGAAGAUAAUCUUUGAAGUGGAUUAAAUGAUCAUGUAUUAAAUUUGUAUAUGGAUUAUAUUAGUAAGAUGAUAAACUACGUUGUAGAGUCUAGACAUCGCAAUAUCAAUAUAGGGAGUUUUAAGGAAUGCUGGAAAUUUCUGAAGAUAAUAUGAAUGAUAAUAUGAAAUUAUCGAUUUAAUUUCAAACACUAAUCUGCAUGCCAUAGUCAUUAAACUUAUUAAUAUUAUGUGGACUAUUUACAAUUUAACGAUGAAGAUAGCAUGUUAAAAAGUAACGAGAAUUAUAUGUUUGAAGAAUUUGUUUAUUUGAGUACUGAUAGUAAAUGUGUAAGUUUUUUAAUAACAUGGCUGUUUGUUUGAUUGGUUUUCUCUGUCUGUUCUUACCCUG